AUGAAGGGCGAGAUUCUUCACCUUCACCUGGGCCAAGCUGGCGUCCAGCUGGGUAACUCUGCUUGGGAGCUCUACCUCCUCGAACACGGCCUUGGCCCUGAUGGCCGCCCUGACCCCAACGCCAAGGAUGUCGGCGACCCAGGCUCUUUCGAGACUUUCUUCACCGAGACCAGCAAUGGCAAACACGUUCCUCGAUCCAUCUUUAUGGAUCUUGACCCGUCUCCCAUUGACGAGAUCCGAACCGGCUCUUACCGUCAGCUCUUCCACCCCGAACUGUUGAUCAGCGGAAAGGAGGAUGCGGCCAACAACUAUGCCCGUGGCCACUACACCAUUGGAAAGGAAAUGGUUGACACUGUCAUGGAGCGCGUUCGCCGCGUUACUGACAACUGCAACUCUCUUCAGGGCUUCCUGAUCUUCCACUCCUUUGGUGGCGGCACCGGCUCUGGUUUCGGUGCUCUCAUGCUGGAACGCCUUGCCACAGAGUAUGGCAAGAAGACCAAGCUCGAGUUCGCCGUUUAUCCUUCGCCUCGUACCAAUACUUCAGUUGUUGAGCCUUACAAUGCCGUCCUCUCCACGCACAGCACCAUUGAGAACUCGGACUGUACUUUCCUCGUCGAUAACGAAGCUGUCUACGACAUUUGCCGCCGCAACCUGGAUAUUACCCGGCCCUCGCACGAGCAUCUCAAUCGUUUGAUCGCCCAGGUUGUGAGCUCCAUCACUUCGUCUCUGCGCUUUGACGGUGCUCUCAACGUCGAUCUCAACGAGUUCCAGACCAACCUGGUUCCUUACCCACGUAUCCAUUACCCAUUGAUCAGCUAUGCCCCCGUUGUUUCUGCUUCCAAGAGCAAGCACGAAAGCUUCAAGGUUGCAGACCUCACCUUCCAGUGUUUCGAGCCUAACAACCAGAUGGUUGUCUGCGACCCUCGCAACGGCAAGUACAUGGCUGUCGCUCUCUUGUACCGUGGCGACGUCGUCCCCCGCGACUGCACUGCCGCCAUCGCACAAGUCAAAGCCAAGGCCUCCUUUAACUUGGUCGAGUGGUGUCCCACAGGUUUCAAGCUCGGAAUCAACUACCAGAAGCCCAUGGCUGUCCCCGCCCCCGCCGAAGACGGCGCUCUUGCCUCCGUCGAGCGAUCCGUCUCCAUGCUCUCCAACACCACCGCAAUUGCCGAGGCCUGGUCCCGACUUGACCACAAGUUCGACCUUAUGCACAGCAAGCGCGCCUUCGUGCACUGGUAUGUUGGCGAGGGUAUGGAGGAGGGUGAGUUUACGGAGGCUCGUGAAGAUUUGGCUGCCCUCGAGAAGGAUUAUGAGGAGGUUGCUGCCGAUGGCAUCGAUGCCGAGGAGGAGCUCGAAUACUAA